AUGCGAGCAGGUCCUCCUUUCCCUUGUACUCUAGGAUGUCUCUCGUCGGCCCCCGUACUUCCCCAGCCGUUUCCCGGCGGCCUUCGCGGCUCGCGGUUCCCAGGGAAACCAUGGAGAGAAGAGGGAAGCGGCGUCGGCCAUAGCGCGGUUUGUCUUCGGCCGUCCGGCGGUGGCGGCGGCAUUACUGCUGGCGGGGUCCGCCUCGGCCUCCUCCUUCGAGGGGGAAACCGAGGAAGGCAGGCCGGGCCCGACACCUCGCCACCCCACCCAUUGGCCGCAGGGCUCCCUGGUACGUGCGAAGGAGGUCAGGGAGGGAGAGAGAUAGACUGCCCCUGAGCAUGGAGGCUUCCUCCGCUUUCCUCAGCCGGCCAGUUUAUGCUGUUUCGCCCGGUUGACCCAGUGGGGUGUGUUACAUCGCCUUGCGUUUCCGCCUAGCACAAGGGUGAUAACGGCUGGGCCUCAUGUCCUGCGCACCCGCCACCUCACAAGCUGUCCGUCGUCAAGAGACACGAAGAGCUUGCAGCGACCUUGUGGGUGGGUGUGUGGGCGGUGGCAGAGGGCCUGGCCUAUCCUCUUCCAGUUCCCCAGUUUCGUGGGACCUCGCAGGCUCUCGAGGGAAGUAGCCCAUGUGCAGCCAGGAGUCCAGGUCAAGAAGGGAGCUCCCAGAUCCCCGGGCAACUACAAGAGGCUGUGUCUUUUUAGGGGGCAGGAGCCAACAGAACACUCCUAUGUAGUCCAACCAGCAUGGGAUACGGUAGGGGCCACUUUGCCUCCAUAUAGAGGGGCUGGCUGCCUUUGCCUUUGUUUUGUAGCCUGCAGCUUCUGAUAAGCUGGGGAGACAGGGAGACUGCAGGGGAGACAGUGGCCAGGCUCUGCCUUCUGCUCAGGAGGGCCCAGAAUAACGUACUGGCUGUCCUCAUGCCCCACGCAGAGAGGAAGCAGCCUGUUGCUUGUGUCCAUUUGAGCCCUCUGCUUUGCACUGUGAGGUUGUGAGACAUGGAUACCAGCUUCUUCUUAAAGUAGCCCUUCCACAGAUCUGGUAACUGAGCAGGCACAAAUGCCAGGGGGCAGGGCAGGAGGAGCUGCAGGCCACCUGCACCUUCUCUCUCAUGGAAUUGUAUAGAAGGAAUCUUUAUGGGUGCCCUCUGCAAUGUUGCUUUCUCUUCCUACUUCUCCUCUUCUUCUUAAUGGCUAUACAAAGUGCAGGAGGCAGCCUUUCUCUUGAAUACCAGACCCUGGAGCCAAGGCAAGCAACAGGAGAGGUUGUUUCUUUGUUUGUUGCAGGAUUUUCCAGGGACCCCUAGUUGCUGUUUGGGCUCAGCUUGGUGAGCCUGAGCCCGGCUUUGGCUGGGGAGGGCGGGAUAUAAAUAAAAAUUAUUAUUAUUAUUAUUAUUAUUAUUAUUAUCCAACCAGCCUCUUUGUGCUCUUCUCCUUUGUACGUGGUCAGCCCUUAUUUCCAUUUCUCCUUUGAGCAUUUUAUGUGCCGAGGCAGCAUUUUGGGAGAGUGGGUUGUGCAUCUGGGCAGGCUUAGGAAAUUUGUAUCUUCUUUUGCCUGAAAGGUGAACAGUAAGAGAAUAGUCUUGAGAAAAGUGAGCUUAUACUGGAGGCAGUUCUUCCCCCUCCAUUUUUCUUUUUAAAUUUAAUUGAGUUAGCACAAGUGCAGGCAUAAUAGAAAGAAAACUAAGAACUAACUGAUUUAAAUCAUAAAAUGUCACAGCCUGGGAGGACAAAAGUACAAAGAUAUAGCACAGCUCCAAAGAGGAGACAAAGUAUAAACUCAUUUUACUUCAUUUUUAUAAAUCUUUACUAUUUGUAUUCUCCACCUGUGAGUUCCAUUAUUCUUGAGAAUAAAGGUUCUAUUUAGUCUUAAAUGAGACAGAUAGCUGUAUAUGUUGAUGGCACUGAGUGGUCAUGUGCCUUAUUUGUAUAAUAAAACCAUGUCAUAUAUAAAAAAGAUCAUUUGAGCUCCACCCUUUAGAUAUUUAUAGUUUAUGAAAUAUAAUGCAUGCUGGUGUCAGUUCUUAUAUUUUCAUUUCCUCUCAGUAUUUCAGCAGUACCCUUAUAGAUGA